CGCCGUCGCCAUGUUGUGGCUCCCGCAGCCGGCGCUGGGGACGCGCGCGGCCGAGCCCGGGGCCUGCAGCCGCCGCCGCCGCCAGGUGGUGUUUGGAAACUAGACCAUGUGCCUAUAGUUAGAAGUUAUUCCUUUCUCCACAGCUCUACACUCCCAGCAAUACUCACCACACCCUUGUUUUGAGAACCUCACUGAGUCAGUCCAGCAGCAGUCUGCAGACGGGCAUUUGGAAGCCACUGGACCAGGUCAUUUCUGAGGUCCACUUCAGCUCUAACGUCCUGAGGAACAGCUCAAGCUCUGACACCAGUGACUGAAACGUACCCUGGGAAGUGGCUGGAGAGGUGGACACAGACCAGAUGGGAAUGGCUUCUGCACGCUGGAAGAAGAGUUUACUUACUGAAGGGCUGAGUGAUUGUUUUUUUGCUAAUGCUUAUGAACAUGGAGUGAUGAUAUUCCCUGAGAAAUUGAGGGAGUGUGGUGUGAGUGUACCCUCUUUUUGGCUCUGCAACCAACCAGGAAUUUCCAGCCCUUGCCAGCAUCCAGCCAUGGGGGAUAUGAAAACUCCAGAUUUUGAUGACCUUCUGGCUGCCUUUGACAUCCCAGACCCCACCAGCCUUGAUGCCAAGGAGGCCAUCCAGACCCCCAGUGAGGAGAAUGAGAGUCCCCUCAAACCUCCAGGCAUGUGUAUGGAUGAGAAUGUGUCCUUGUCUCACUCAGGAUCAGCCUCAGAUGUGCCAGCCGUGAGUGUCAUCGUCAAGAACACCAGCCGCCAGGAGUCAUUUGAAGCGGAGAAAGACCACGUCGCUCCCAGCCUCCUACACAAUGGAUUCCGGGGCUCGGACCUGCCUCCAGAUCCCCACAACCUAGGCCACAACUGUGGGAAGUUUGAUUCCACUUUCAUGAAUGGAGAUAGUACCAGGAGUUUCCCCGGCAAGCUAGAACCUUCCAAGUCAGAGCCCUUACCAACUUUUAACCAGUUCAGUCCAAUCUCCAGCCCCGAACCCGAGGAUGCCAUCAAAGAUAAUGGGUUUGGGAUAAAGCCCAAGCACUCUGACAGUUAUUUCCCACCCCCUCCUGGGUGUGAGUCUGUGGGGGGCCCGGUCCUGGAGGCUCUGACUAAGUUUCCAGUCCCAGAGCUGCAUAUGUUUGAUCACUUUUGUAAGAAAGAGCCCAAGCCAGAACCCCUGCCCCUGGGGAGUCAGCAGGAGCACGAGCAAGGUGGGCAGAAGGCAGUGGAACCUCACAAGGAGCUGGAUACCAGUCGAUUCUUUGGGGAAGCUUUGGAGUUCAACAGCCACCCCGGCCACAGUAUCGGAGAGCCCAAGGGGCUUGCCUCGGAGCUAGGUACCUGCUCGUCAGUGCCCCCUAGGCAGCGUCUUAAGCCAGCUCAUUCCAAGCUGUCCUCUUGUGUUGCAGCCUUGGUGGCCCUGCAGGCUAAACGAGUGGCCAGUGUCACCAAGGAGGAUCAGCCUACCCACACAAAGGAUCCCUCAGGGCCCACAAAAGAGGGCUCCAAAGGCAGCCCCAAAAUGCCCAAGUCACCAAAGAGUCCCCGGAGCCCUCUGGAGGCCACUAGAAAAAGUAUCAAGCCAUCAGACAGCCCUCGGAGCAUCUGCAGUGACAGCAGCAGCAGAGGCUCCCCUUCUGUGGCUGCCAGCUCCCCACCAGCAAUUCCCAAAGUCAGAAUCAAAACCAUUAAGACAUCAUCAGGGGAAAUCAAACGGACUGUCACAAGGAUCCUGCCAGACCCUGACGAUCCCAGUAAGUCCCCUGCUGGGUCACCUCUAGGAAGUGCCAUUGCUGAGGCCCCGAGCGAGGUGCCAGAGGAUGAGGUCACUGCCCUGUCUGGGGCGGAGCACUUUCUUGAGGUGGGCACAAAUUCAGGGAGCCCCCAGGGUGACAGGAAGGGGGAUGAGAGCAUGACAAAAGCCAGUGAAUCUUCAACUUCCUGCUGCGGCUCUGGGUCCCGGGGCCCAAAGGGGGCUGCCUCGGGCUCACAGAUGGGCAAGAAGCAGCAGCAGAGCACAGCACUGCAGGCAUCCACCCUGGCCCCUGCCAACCUCCUGCCCAAAGCCGUGCACCUGGCCAACCUGAAUCUGGUCCCUCACAGUGUGGCCGCGUCCGUGACGGCCAAGUCCUCAGCACAGAGGCGGAGCCAGCCACAGCUCACGCAGAUGUCGGUGCCCCUGGUCCACCAGGUGAAAAAGGCCGCCCCACUGGUUGUGGAGGUCUUCAACAAGGUCCUCCACAGCUCCAACCCCGUGCCCCUCUACGCGCCAAAUCUUAGCCCACCUGCGGACAGCAGGAUCCACGUGCCGGCCAGUGGGUACUGCUGCCUGGAGUGUGGGGAUGCGUUUGCCUUAGAGAAGAGCCUGAGCCAGCACUACGGCCGGCGGAGUGUCCACAUCGAGGUGCUGUGCACACUGUGCUCCCAGACGCUGCUCUUCUUCAACAAGUGCAGCCUGCUCCGGCACGCCCGUGACCACAAGAGCAAGGGGCUCGUCAUGCAGUGCUCUCAGCUGCUAGUGAAGCCCAUCUCUGCGGACCAAAUGUUCGUGUCGGCCCCCGCGAACUCCAUGGCACCAGCAACCCCGGCUCCCCCCUCCUCCCCCAAACAUGGCCUCACUUCAAGCAGUGCCAGCCCCCCACUUCCAGCUUUGCCGCUCUACCCAGACCCUGUGAGGCUCAUCCGGCACAGUAUCAAGUGUCUCGAAUGUCACAAGCAGAUGCGAGACUACAUGGCUAUGGCCGCACAUUUCCAGAGGAUGACGGAGGAAACCGAGGGGCUGACUUGCCAGGUGUGCCAGAUGCUGCUGCCCAACCAGUGCAGUUUCUGUGCCCACCAGCGGAUCCACGCCCACAAGUCCCCCUACUGUUGUCCGGAGUGUGGAGCCCUCUGUCGCUCUGCCUACUUCCAGACCCAUGUAAAGGAGAAUUGCCUGCACUAUGCCCGCAAGGUGGGCUACAGGUGCAUCCACUGUGGGGUAGUCCACUUGACCUUGGCCUUGUUGAAAAGCCACAUCCAGGAGCGACACUGCCAGGUUUUCCACAAAUGUGCAUUCUGCCCCAUGGCCUUCAAGACUGCCAGUAGCACCGCGGACCACAGCGCCACCCAGCAUCCCACCCAGCCCCACAGACCCUCCCAGCUCAUUUAUAAGUGCUCCUGUGAAAUGGUCUUCAACAAGAAGAGGCACAUUCAGCAGCAUUUUUACCAGAAUGCCAGUAAGGCGCAGGUGGGCGUCUUCAAGUGCCCUGAGUGCCCGCUCUUGUUCCUGCAGAAGCCAGAGUUGAUGCAACAUGUCAAGAGCACCCACGGUGUUCCCCGAAACGUGGACGAGCUGUCAAGCCUCCAGUCUUCAGCAGACACAUCUUCAAGCCGCCCUGGCUCUCGAGUUCCCACUGAACCCCCAGCCACCAAUGUGGCUGCUCGGGGCAGCUCCCUGCCCUCUAGCCGCUGGGGCAGGCCUGAAGCCCAUCGCAGGGGUGAGGCCAGGCCCCGGCUGAGGAACACUGGCUGGACCUGCCAGGAGUGCCAGGAGUGGGUUCCUGAUCGGGAGAGCUAUGUGUCCCACAUGAAAAAGAGCCAUGGUCGGACGUUGAAGCGGUACCCAUGUCGGCAGUGUGAACAGUCCUUCCACACCCCCAACAGCCUGCGCAAACACAUCCGCAACAACCAUGACACAGUAAAGAAAGUCUACACUUGUGGGUAUUGCACAGAGGACAGCCCCAGCUUUCCUCGGCCCUCCCUCCUGGAGAGCCACAUCAGCCUUAUGCAUGGUAUCAGAAACCCUGAUUUGAGCCAGACGUCCAAAGUCAGACCUUCGGGCGGACAUUCCCCUCAGGUGAACCAUCUGAAAAGACCAGUCAGCGGAGCAGGGGAUGCUCCAGACACCAGCAGUGGGGCGACUGUCUCUUCCACCAAAAGGCACAAGUCCCUUUUCCAGUGUGCGAAAUGUAGCUUUGCCACAGACUCAGGGCUCGAGUUUCAGAGCCACAUACCUCAGCACCAGAAGGACAGCUCCACAGCCCAGUGUCUCCUCUGUGGCUUGUGCUACACCUCUGCCAGCUCCCUCAACCGCCACCUCUUCAUCGUCCACAAGGUGAGAGACCAGGAGGAGGAAGAGGCAGAGGCGGCAGAGCCAGAGGAGGGCUCUGGGGAGGAGGUGUCCGUGGAGACCAGGGAGAACGGACUGGAAGAGUGUGCCGAGGAGCCUCUGUUGGGUGAUUCAGAGGCCAGGAGGUCACUGGGCCUGGCCCCUGAUGAGGAUGGUGCCCAAGAUGCUCAGAGUCAACCACAGGCCUCUCAGGACCGGGACAGCCACACACCGUCCCCGCAGGUGUGACUGGAAGCUUUGCAGUGUGCAGUCGGGUGGUGCCGUGGUGUCCUCCGCCUGCCACGCGGACAGUGGGAAAGAGAAGGCUCCACCCCGGUGUGAGUGUGGCUGGCUGGGCCCUGGAGCAGUGUCUGCCCUGAGCUGCUUGGGGCUGGGUGUCCCCCAGCCCCAGGAGAUGGCGGGGUCGCCCAGGACCCUCACAGCUCUGAAUUUGCUUCUGUUAUUUAUGGCUUUGUGCUGCUUCCUGGUACCCCAACUUUUGUCUGCGUCCUUCCAGCCCCCAGGCUGCUUAAGUGGCCCAACCCCGAAGCUGUCACCUCAGCUCGAAACCCCUCAGCGGCUGUGCUCCUCUGGGAGGCUCCCCGCUCGCUGCCUUCAGCCAGGGGCCUCCUGACAGCAGCUCUCUUUCUUGCCACUGGAGCCUGAGAAGGGGGAUGAGGGUGCUGGCGCAGUCCCUCUCAGAGAGCUUGCCCAGCCUGGCUUGCAGAGGGCCCUUGGUUACCAUUCCCUUCCUUUCUGUCUUCUCUGAUUCGUUCCCCCAAAAAGAGUCCUGGAAAAUUAAUUAUCACACUGGCUCAUCCUGUCUGUGUCGGGGGGGAGAAACUUCUGCAGCACACCUCUGUCUGGAGCCCGGGAGAGCAGGAAACGCAGCCAAGGCAGGCAGGCACCGAGAGGCAGACCCCCUUCAGAAGGAGCUGCGCGUCCUUGUUCUGCUGCUGUUCUGCCUUUCCUGACGAGCGGGGUUUGGGGCACAGAGACAUUGGGAUAUUUGUACUCUUGCUCCUGUGCCAUUAGAGAGGCUACUGCCCCAGGCAGGCCAGCCCCUCCUCCUCUCGGCUGCACCCGUGUUGCUCAGACUAUAUUUCAAAUAAAAAAAUCUUCUUACCAUGCAGGUAGGCUCUUGUAUUCCUCUUCCAGUGAGCCUGGCCCUACCCUACUCCACCUAAGACUUCCCUCACUGUCCCAUCUCUGAGGGAGAACAGUGUUUCCUGCUGCCCAAGGACAGUCCUCUCUAGAUUUUGGAGCUGUGGUGUGGAAACCAGGAGCUCAGUACUUCUGAAGGGUGAGGGGAGGGUCUUCUGCUGGUCAAGAGUCACCUCCAAGUUCUCCCCUGAGCUAGCAGCCUUGGUGUUUGGGGCCUAUUGAAAAUUCCCUGGGCACCUCCAUCUUUCCUACAAACGGGUUUUCGAACUAAGAGAACCCUUUACUGGUGGGAGGAGGGGGAGGAAUAGAAGGGAGGAAUUCUGUACUUUUCUUGCACUGUUCAAGAGGCCUUGAUAUCACCCCUGCCACAGGAAACUUGGGUGUGGCAGAAUUGGGAUUAGACAUGGGAGGCUGGGCUGUCUUUUCUCUGAUGGCAGAGUUAGGACCUGACCUAGUACAAGGAGCCGGCUGUGCAGAGGUGUCCUCUGACCUCUGCUCCGAGUAGCUGCUGCAGCCCUGCAUGGGUGGGAUGUGGGACUGGGCCCGGCAGGAUCUAGUGCAGCAAAGGGAAGUGGGUGCUGACUGCAUUCUUAGAGGCGAUCCUUCAAGGAAGACAUUGAAUAUCAAUGAUAAAUUAUUAAGUCAGGUAAAUAUGCCUGACCUUUUCACAAUUGAAAUAAAAAUUUCUUUCUCUAUCAAAUGCCAGAUUUUUAGUGGAAAUGCUAAUGGCAUUGGGAAAGGUUAGUGCUUGUUUCAGUUUCAGAGAAACAGUGCUUUUUAAUGAUUGCCAUACCUGGCAAGGCCACCAUGUCCCUGCUUCCCAAGCAGGCAGCGAGGGCAAACCGGGCCGGAUUGCGGCUGCAUGCAGAGCCAGAGCUGGCCCCAACUCAGCUGUCAUCCCUUCCUAAUUCCAGUUGCAGGGUGCCCACCCUGCACCCGGGGCCAUUCACAGGAACAGAUUAUAGAGGAGGUUGAUAGAAGCGUUUGAAAUGGAUGGCCGAACCACUUCCUGCUCAGAGACAGUAUAGCUGGAGCCGGUGGGGGGAGAGGAGGUGGUGAAAUCACAGGUUUGACCUGUCCUGACCUCAGAUCUAUCUCCUUCCUGGGAAUGGCAUGGAGUGGAAAGAAUGUCGAGCCACUCACCAAGAAACCUGGGUCACAGCCUGGGUUCUGCCCUCAACCAGCUCUUAACAAACCCUCUUAACUUCACCAGCCCCUCCCCUUCAAGAUAGACCUAGUAUUUGCCAUCCAACUCGAUUCACAGGCUUUUGUGAGGUGAUAAGUAUGGAAGCAUUUUCUAGUUCGUGAAACACUAUCCAUGUCAGGGAUUAUUGACUUGACUAUGAAACACUAUCAAUGUCAGGGUGGAGCGUACCUUACCGGCUUUUCAGACUUGGAUGCUGAUGGUCAGUUGUGAUUGGUCUGGGACAUCUCUCCACUGUUUAGUAAGAGUGAUGAUUAACAGCACUUAAGUCCUGCUUGUGGGCCCAGCAUCUUUUAAAAACACUUUGCAGUGAUCCUCACUUUGUCCUCACAGUGAUCUCACAGUUAGCCUCCACUUUACAGAGAAGAAAACUGAGGCUCAGAGAGGUUAAAUAAGUUGCUGGGUGACCUUGUAAGUCAAGCCCAUCUGGUUCUAAAGUCCAUGAUGUCGACUGCUGUGUUGCCUUAGUGACCCGGCUACUUUGGCUGGCUGCCGGCUUAUCAACAGUUUGCAGCCAUCCAGACAUCUGCUUUCCUACCUCCCCUGCAGUUGGGGUGCCCCACUGAGCACCAGGUUCUCUUUGGAGUCAGUCUGUGCCUUUUCACCCCAAGGAGGGCCCUGUGCAUCACAUUUGCUUGUGGCAUUCCGAAACACAUGCAGUGUCUCUAUGACCUUUCAUUCUCAUUGGGAUUUAUCUUGCCAUUUGAAGAUCAUCAUUUUGGUGAAGCUGUUCCAGAAAAAGUGGCCCAACCCUCACAGGGAACAUGGUUCCCUCAGGGUCCAAUAUCUUCUGAUCUCUUUUUUAAAGAUGUUUUAAAAUAGUUGUGCUAUCAUUUGUUAUCAGAAAAUGCUUGCUGUAACAAGCACUUAUCUGCUGGAGUGAAUGCUCUACUGAUCAAGUUAAACAGAUAAGAUCCCCACCCUUGUAGAAACUACAAUUUAAUACACUCUAAGGCUAGACAAAUGACUAGUAUUUAUUUUCCAACUCCUUUAUCUCUGUAAAAUGAUAUGCCGAAUCACUAUAAGCUAAUUGGUGUAGAAAGAGCUCUUCCCUUAACUUAUGUAAACAGUCUGGCUUUUGAAAGCAGCUGUGGUUCAGCAAGUUCAACACACUUUGUCUUCCCAGAGACUGCAGAAAAACCCCUCUGCCUGCCCUGGUCAUCACUGUGUAUUCAGCUCUGGGCACACUUUCUUUUACUUGUUUUUGAAUUAUUUUUUUCAUUUUUUGAAAAAGUUAAUACACAUACAUGGUAAGACAUCCAAACAAUGCAAAAAGAGAAUACAAUGAAAAGUAAGCUUCCCAAUGGAGGUCAGCCUUCAGUUCCACAUCCCCCUCUCCAGAAUUAAUCACUGUUUCUAUAUCUUAUGUAUCCUUCCUGAGCAAUUCUAUGCAUUUACAAGUUUUUAAAUAUGUAUAUUUAUAUAUCUAUUUUUAAUACAAAUGGUAGCAUUCUAUACACACAGUGUUCUGAAGCUUGCUUUUUUUUUCACUUAUAUAAUGGAGAUUGUUCUAAAUUCAUCCAGUGGGUCAGUCUAAUUCAUUAAAAGCUCCUACUACAGUUCCUUGUAUACGCUAGUGGUUCAAAGAAUGUUUGAAUGACUGAAUUAAUGCAUGCAUGCGUGACUGAAAGAAUCUGAUUCAACCGGUAGCUACAAAGUUCUCUCAGGGUCUGAUCUGAGACAGAAUCUUCUGGAUUCUGGAACAUUUCUCCCUGUCUUUUCCAGGGGAUUCAGGCUGUUGUCCAAAGCCUGACCUUUUCCACCAACAAUUGCCACAGCAGUCUUAGAAACGGGGAGCCUUCAGUCCCUCUGGAGGAAAGAGCAGACAGACUCAAGUCCCAGUAUGGGUUUGUAUUUUUGUUUUAGGUCUCUAUUUAAAAUGCUUUUUUCUUGGGGAAUUCCCUGGUUGUCCAGUGGUUAGGACUCCACACUUCCACUACAGGGGUCUUGGGUUUGAUCCCUGGUUGGAGAACUAAGACCUGCAAGCCGCGCGGUAUGGCUGAAAAAAAACAACAACAACACCUUUUUCUUAUUGGAAA